AUGACUCGCCUCCUUCUUACCUCCUUCUCGCCUCCUCCUCGCCUCCUUCUCGCCUCCUCCUCGCCUCCUCCUCGCCUCGUCCUCGCCUCUUCCUCGCCUCGUCCUCGCCUCCUCCUCGCCUCCUCCUCGCCUCCGCCUCGACUCCUCCUCGCCUCGUCCUCGCCUCCUCCUCGCCUCCUCCUCGCCUCGUCCUCGCCUCCUCCUCGCCUCGUCCUCGCCUCCUCCUCGCCUCCUCCUCGCCUCCUCCUCGCCUCCUCCUCGCCUCGUCCUCGCCUCCUUCUCACCUCCUCCUCGCCUCCUUCUCGCCUCGUCCUCGCCUCCUCCUCGCCUCCUCCUCGCCUCCUUCUCGCCUCCUCCUCGCCUCCUCCUCGCCUCGUCCUCGCCUCCUUCUCACCUCCUCCUCGCCUCCUUCUCGCCUCGUCCUCGCCUCCUCCUCGCCUCCUCCUCGCCUCGUCCUCGCCUCCUCCUCGCCUCCUCCUCGCCUCCUCCUCGCCUCCUCCUCGCCUCGUCCUCGCCUCCUUCUCACCUCCUCCUCGCCUCCUUCUCGCCUCGUCCUCGCCUCCUCCUCGCCUCCUCCUCGCCUCCUUCUCGCCUCGUCCUCGCCUCCUCUUCGCCUCCUUCUCGCUUCCCCCUCGCCUCCUCCUCGCCUCCUUCUCGCCUCCUCUUCGCCUCCUUCUCGCUUCCUUCUCGCUUCCUCCUCGCCUCCUUCUCGCCUCCUCCUCGCCUGCCUGCCUCUGCAUCAGCCCUUAUAAAAGGCCCUUACAGUGUGUCGGAGCAACAGUUGUGUGA